AUGGCAAAUUCGGUUCGCGACACAGAAUCUCAUAAUUUUACCCGGAUUUGUCAGGUUAUUAACAAUUGCACAAUGUCAUCCACUAUUUUCUACAGAUUCAGAUCACAGAAAAACACUUCGAGAAUACUCUUUGACGGUACAGGUAUAACAGUUUUCGAUUUGAAAAAAGAGAUUAUAAAUGAAAAUAAAUUAGGUACAGGUACUGAUUUUGAUUUAAGAAUUUAUAAUAAUGAUACAAAUGAAGAAUAUCAAGAUGAUACUUUAGUAAUACCGCGUUCCACUUCAGUAGUGGCAAGAAGAUCUCCAGCUUCGAAAAAUGGGAAAGGUACUGCUUCAAGAUAUGUUACUGGUAAACCAAAAAUUACAAAAGUUGAUAAGAAUGCUAUUCAUAAUAAUAAUACACAACAACAACAACAGCAACAGCAACACACAGAGGAUAAAACAAUGACUGAAGAAGAAAGAAUCAGUUUAAUGUUUGCUAAUCAAGAUGAUCAAUGGAAACAAACUCAACAAGUUAUGUCUACUGCAACUCCGGUUUAUAAUAAACCUUCAACAACAAGUACAAAUAAUAAUCCAGAUGAUGUCCCACCACCAGGUUAUAUGUGUUAUAGAUGUGGUAGUAAAGAUCAUUGGAUUAAGAAUUGUCCAACUAAUGACGAUCCUAAUUGGGAAGGGAAAAGAAUUAAAAGAACAACAGGUAUUCCUAAGACUUAUUUGAAAACUAUUGAAAAACCUGAAGAUGAAUCAACUGGUGUUAAAUCUUAUAUGAUGAAUGAAGAAGGUAAAUAUGUUGUUCAAGUUGCUGAUGAAAAAUCAUGGGAAAGUUAUAAGAAAAAAGUUAAUAAAACUCAAGAUUUAAUUAAUGAUAUGAAAGAUAUUGAUCAAAGUUUAAUUGAUCCAAUUACUGGAAAAGUUUUCGAAAAUCCAGUUAUUACACCUUGUUGUUCUAAAAAUUAUUCUAAAAAUUAUAUUGAAGAUAAUUUAUUAGAAUCUGAUUUUAUUUGUCCAAAUUGUGGUAAAGAAGAUAUUUAUUUAGAUCAUUUAACUAAGAAUGAAGAAUUAUCUAAAAAAGUUGAUGAAUUUUUAGAUAAAGAAUUUGAAAAAAGAGGUGUCAAGAGAAGUACAGAAGAAGAAUUAAAUGCAUCAAAAAGACAAACCAUUGAUUCUUCAUUACCUGUAAAACCAAAUCAACAACAACCAAAUUCAUUACCACCAAAUCCAAUGGGAUUACCAAUGAAUCCAUUUGGAUUACCAUUUGUUCCACCUUUUGGUAUGAUGCCACCACCACCUCAACAAAGUAAUCAAUGA